AUGACUCUAACUCCCCCUCCCGCCAUAGUCCACGGCCCGACCGAGCCUGCCCUCUGGCACAAGACACUGGGCGAGCUCAUCGACCUGCAAGAAGCUGAACACGGUUCUAAGGAGGCGGUAGUUGUACCGUGGCAGUCCGUCCGGCUCAGCUACCGCCAACUUGGGGAGAGAAGCCGGGUACUUGCCCAGGCGAUGCUCAACAUAGGGUUGCGUCCAGGGGACUGCGUAGGCAUCAUGGCAGGCAACUGUUACCAAUACAUCGAAGUCUUUCUUGGUAGUGGUCGCGUUGGGUGUCCCGUGGUGGUCUUGAACAAUACUUAUACCCCCGGGGAGUUAACCAGCGCAGUUAAUCAGAGCUCAUGCAAACUUGUCUUCAUCAGCGCGAGCAUCAGCAAACGGAAUCUUUCAGACCACAUCUACGCUCUUCAAGGCGAAGAAUCACCGAACCCGAAGCUCCCCGAGCUCCGCCGAAUCGUGCUCAUUGGAGACAGCAUCUCCAGCCAAAUAGGCAGCGACCUUCAAUUCUAUGACGCCUUCACAAGCAACGCCCACCCCAAGCCAGCCGAACAAGCAGCUAUCGCACGCACCAUCUCCCCGGAAGGAGUCUUGAAUCUCCAAUUCACCUCCGGAACAACCGGCUCCCCAAAAGCCGCCAUGUUAACGCACACAAACCUUCUCAACAACGCCCGCUUCGUCGGCCAAGGCUUAGCCCUCACCGCCCAGGAUAAGAUUCUUAGCCCACCGCCCCUAUUCCACUGCUUCGGCCUGGUCCUUGGCUUUUUGUCCUCCUUCAUCCACGGCAGCACCAUCAUCUUCCCAUCCCCCCGCUUCUCCGCGACCGGAUGCGUGGACGCACUCCUCACGGAACACGCAACGGUGAUCCUCGGCGUGCCAACGAUGUACCUCGCCCUGCUCGACAUCCUCGCCCAAACCGGCACCAAGCCAGUAUCCCUACGAACCGCGCUCGCCUCCGGCUCCCCUGUCUCGCCGACGCUCAUGACCCGGCUCCGGACCGAGAUGGGAGUCCCGAACGUGCUGAUUGCGUACGGGAUGACGGAGACGAGCCCAGUGACAUUUAUGACGCGUCUGAGCGAUGAUGUUGAGAAAGGAAUUCAUACGGUUGGGAGAGUGCUACCGCACACGUGGGCGAAGGUGGUGGAUCGGGAGGGAGGCGUGGUUGCGCGGGGGAUGCGGGGGGAGCUAUGUACCGCGGGUUUCGCGGUGCAGAAAGGGUAUUGGCGCAACGUUAAGAAGACAGCGCAGGUGAUGCGAAGGGAUGAGGCCGGGGUGCUGUGGAUUUUUACCGGGGACGAGGUGGUUAUGGAUGGGGAGGGGUUUGUGGCGGUCACGGGACGGAUUAAGGAUUUGAUCAUUCGGGGCGGGGAGAACAUCUUCCCGCGUGAGAUCGAAGAGCGAUUGACGGCGCAUCCCGCCAUCAGUGAGGCCAGUGUGGUCGGGAUCAAGAAUGAGCGGUACGGGGAAGUGGUCGGGGCGUUUCUGAAGGCCAGACAGAUAAUCAGUCACAAUGAACUCCGGCACUGGGUCACUCAGACACUGGGGCGUCACAAGGCACCCCAACAUAUCUUCUGGAUCGGCGAUGCGGCCGUCGGGGCGGAUUUCCCCAAGACCGGCAGCGGGAAACAUCAGAAACACCUCCUGCGCGAGUUGGGGAAUCAUCUGGUGCGAAUGAGGGAGGGGAAUCGGGCGAGAUUGUAG